UCUGCAAUGACUACAGCCAGAUACAGACCUACUUGGGACUUGGUGCUUGAUCCUCUUGUUUUGUGUAAACUCUGCCUUGGGGAGUAUCCUGUAGAGCAGAUGACAACAAUAGCACAAUGCCAAUGCAUCUUCUGUACACUGUGCCUGAAACAGUAUGUGGAGCUUUUGAUCAAGGAAGGCCUUGAAACAGCAAUUAGCUGUCCUGAUGCUGCUUGCCCAAAACGAGGGCAUUUACAAGAAAAUGAAAUUGAGUGUAUGGUUGCAUCAGAAAUUAUGCAGAGAUACAAAAAACUACAAUUUGAAAGAGAAAUCCUUUUGGAUCCUUGUCGGACUUGGUGCCCAUCCUCUUCCUGCCAAGCAGUUUGCCAGCUUCAGGAAUCAGGACCUCAGAGCCCCCAGUUGGUGCAAUGCAAAGUCUGCGACAUAGAGUUCUGCUCAGCAUGCAAAUCUAACUGGCAUCCAGGACAAGGAUGUCAGGAGAAUAUGCCAGUCAGCUUCCUUCCAGGGGAAACAAGCUCUGUUUAUAAAAUGGAAGAAGAUGAUGCGCCAAUCAAGCGCUGCCCAAAAUGCAAAGUUUAUAUUGAAAGGGAUGAAGGCUGCGCUCAAAUGAUGUGUAAAAAUUGUAAGCACGCCUUCUGCUGGUAUUGUCUGGAAUCACUUGAUGAUGACUUUCUCCUUAUACAUUAUGAUAAAGGACCUUGCCGAAACAAGUUAGGUCAUUCUAGGGCAUCGGUUAUUUGGCACAGAACACAGGUCGUGGGGAUUUUUGCAGGAUUUGGCCUGCUGUUACUAGUGGCAUCGCCCUUUCUUCUGCUCGCUACUCCGUUCGUCCUCUGCUGCAAAUGCAAGUGUAGUAAAGGAGACGAUGACCCUCUGCCUACAUAGAGAGAAUGAAGAAGGGACCUACUCAUCAUCGCUGUCCGUUUCCUAUUCCCCCUCUCCCCUUUUGCACUUAAUCUUGUUAGCAUCUUGCCUUAUUCCACUUGGAGUGAGAAGUGAGGCACCAGAAUUCCUGGAACUACUCAUACCAGAGUUCCCUGUCCACCAGUCAGAUUUUGGGUAACAGUUUAAGGACUGGCCAAAGACAAGCUGAACAUUGGAAGUGUGUGCAACAAUGAUCUGAGUCAUUCCUUCUUCUCUGGGGGACAACAUUCUCUGGAACUGAGUGACACCACCCAGAUGAAAAUCUUCAUAUAUCUACUCGCAUUAAACUGAGAGAGGCGGUUUUUUGCAAACCCAUUACCAAUUAUAAUAUGUUCAUUUUAGAUGUGACUUCCAAUAUCCGUUUAUUAAAAUCAAUUUCUUAAUAUUUGCAAUUGGAAAAUGUCUAAGCAUUCUUGUCUCCUCACCACUGCCCAUCUUCCUCACACAAAGUAAUGGCAUCCAGAGAGGUGCCCCAGGCCUUAGAUUUUCAAGACAAGAAGGUGCCAUUUCUGCCUGCUAAUAUUUGUAAAUCUAUAUAAGCAAAAUAGGUGGAUGUGUCUGCAUUUUGAUUAUUUUUUUUUAAUUUAAAUUUGUUUUGAGGGUUGGGAGGGAGGAUUUCAAUGUUUUAUGGUUGAGUUAUAUCACCCAGAACUGUUAUAUAAUCAAGACUCUUUUAAACAUCAAGGUGAUACUAAAUCCAGAUCUCAUUAACAGAUCUCAGUUUGGAGGACUUCAGAUUUCACCGGCAAAAUAUGUUAGAACAGGAAUACACCAUGCUGGGAGUUGGCACCCUGGCAGUUGAAAAAUAGCAGGGGAGAGAAGAAAGAAAAGGGGCCGGGAUGAUUGGGGACAGGCUGGCCAAUAGGAUAUGCCACUUUGGGAGAUGCCAAGUUGAGGAAAGCAGGGAUAUGUACCAUGCCCUGAUUGCCAGCCUCGUCCAACUGUGCCUUUUGUUUCCUACCUAGAUUUGUUUCUACCUGUUGUUUAUUACCUAUUUGCUACAUGUAAAUAGAGCUGCCUCUAAUCUGGUAUCCUUUUGCAUAUCUAGGAAAAAAAUAUUUCGUAGAAGCCGAGCAUGUUCUAAAUGUUCUAAAUUUCAGGAAGGCUCAUGAUUUCUCUUUUGGCAGCAGGUGCUAACCUGAAGACAUAACAAUCACUGUCAUUUCCCACAUGGGCUCUGCUUUACAAACCACAAGAAAAGCAGAACUGGUUUUCCUCUUUAAGGAAUCAGGUCAUUCCAUGAUAGGAAACACCCCUUGUCUAUUUUGUUCACCCUGAGGUCCAUCUUCCUUAGAGCCUGAGAGUUCAAGGCAUGAGUUGGGAGAGGUAUAUGGGGGAAGUGUAGAUGUCCCCCCCAUCUUUUCCAAUGUCCAGCAGGUACUGAUGAUCAACCAGAGAGAGGGGACACCUUAUGUCCUUUCAGCUCAGUUCAUUAAGCUGUGCCUGGAUGUAGAAGCAUAGUACAGAUGUUACAGUCCCAUCUAAAUUCAGAAAGGUUCUGUUUUCUCCCUUCCAUUUUGCUUCAAUUAUUUAAAGUCUGCAGUGAUAAUACAUACUCUAAAAGCUGUUCAAAAAGUGUAUUUAAUUCAUUUAUUAAAAAAAAAAAACUACUUCUAUUUUGUGACGUAAGGUAUUGUGACAGCAAACAUUGUUUUUAAAUAUCUCCUUUUCCAUCUUAUAUUUUUGACUAAUCUUUUCAUAUUCUGAAGGACCAUAAAAUGGGCAUAUGGCUGCAGUUGAUAACUCACCAUUGGUUAUUUUGUUUGGAGUGAAAAUUGUAAAAUGUAGAUAUUAAAUUAGGAGAAAGUAUUAGCUCCAAAUGUUCUGUAACAAAAUGAAACCCGAAAAUGAGAAAAUCUUCCAUGCAUAUGUAAGCCAAUUGAAAGAGAAACUAUUUUGUGGCAUAAUAAGGACAUAACCAUUGGGCUGAGGGUUUGUACUUGUUAUCUAAUGCAAAUCUGAUCACAGCUGUUCUCCCAUAACAGAAAAUUAAUCCGUUGGCUGCAUUGCUUUAAUUUUUUUUUCUUUCUCUCUCUUUUAACAAAAAUGAAAUCACUUCUCCUAGUUUUCCCAUUUAUCAACUUUUAGAAGAUGAGCAGAGUAAGGAGCAACAUUUAUCUCUGACAUCAGUGGAAAAACCUAGCCAUAAUUGGCAUCCAAGAUACAGCAAUCCUUUCAAACUAAUAGUGGGCAUCUGAGAGAUGGAAUAUUCUUAUUGUAAUCCUGACUAGAACUUCUGCACCUCAUCCACGUUCUUGACAUUCAGUAUAAAUUUUAAAAGAAUUAUUUUAGGCAACCUAAGCAAACCAAGGAGUGGUAGGCAUCCAUUUCUUCCUGCAGUGAGGCCAA